CUUAGUUAGUAUUAAUAAUCUGUGAGAAAAAGUACUUCAAAUUCAACACAUAUAUAGGUACACGUUUCUUAAAAAGGCAUUUGGUAGAAAGUCUGUAUUGAUCUGUAUCAUUGAUAUAAGUUACGCACUUUAAUGUGGUUUAAGUGAAUUUUUUUAAGUUGUUAUAACGCGACAGUUUUGUGACGGAAGACGUAGUGUUGGCAUGUUUACAACAAAGUAGCCUGUCAGAUCACGUAUACAAUGGUUGUUUGCAAAUAUUAUCGGCAAGGCAAUUGCCGCUUUGGACAGUAUUGUCAAUUCGAACAUAUAAAUACAUUUGGAAGUACUCCGAAAGUUGACUCUUAUAAUCAGGAUGAAUUUACGGCGGUGGCAGUUGCAAAGGAAGUACUCUGUGCCGAGAGGGGAGGCCAAUGGCUUUUAUCGUGCUUUGCACCCCUCAAACAGAAACCACCUAUUCCUGGUAUGGAAGAUUUAUCUCCAGAAGAAGUAAGAUGGGAGAUGUAUCAGGCACAAAAGAAUGGGAUGGUGGAACAGGCAAAACUACGUUUUCAACAACUGUGUCAAGAUAUAAAGGCAAAAAGAGAUGCAUUGAAGAAUCCUACUCGUGAGACAAUUGAGAUGCUUAAAGAGCUCCAGGGAACAGGUCAGAAAAGUCUUCCUGGAAGUACACCAACUUCUAAUGUAUUCGGGAAUAAAACAUUUGGAAGUCAAAGCAGCCCCUUCAGUGGAGGUUUCACUCCUAUUAGUAGUACAUCAAUAUUUGGAAGGACCACUACAUCCAAUCCUGUAUUUGGUGGGACUCCUAAUUUUGGUAGUGGAUUGGGCUUUGGUAGUGGAACCAGCACUAACUCUGUCUUUGGUGGAACUACAAGUACUACUACUACAUUCAAUACAGGACAAACUGCACAGGCUUUUGGGAAUACUAGUUCUAUUUUUGGGGCAGGAGCAUCCCAGUCUGUUUUUGUACAGCCCAGCGUGUUUGGAGCAUCUAGUUUAGUCAACAACGCAUUCGCUAGGCCUCAAACGUCGCAAGCAGCGACACCAGGAUUCAGUGGAGUGACCUCCGCCCCAUCCUUAUUUAGCAUUUCUACUUCUCAAUCUAGUUCUUCCAUGUUUGGGGGAGCUAAAACGUCUACGGCCAAUCUAUUUGGUAGUUCCGCGACUUUACAGACUACUAACUCAGUGUUCGGAACAACAGCUCCAUCUGGGGCAUUCAGUUCUGGUAUGUUUUCUCAGUCGAAGCCUGCAUUUGGAGGAGCACCCGUUUUCGGUAGCGCAGCAAAUUUUGGAAAUGCAAAUGGACCUAUGUAUGGUGAACAACCGGCAUUUGGUGCCUCUAACAUUUUCGGCGGAAGCAAUACUAACGCCCCGACUUUUAGUUCGGCUGCUCAAUCUACAAAUACUUUCGGAGCUACCGCGUCUACGUCGUCUGCUGUAAACUUAUUUGGAAAUAUUCAGACUACACCUGCUAUCUCUACGUCUAAUGCAGCUCCGUUCGGUACAGCCACUCCCACAACCAGUAGUCCUUUUGCUUCUGGAACAUCACAGUUUGAAGCUAACAGUUCAACCGCUAGUCCUUUCUCAAGGACCACGUUUGGCAUAACCACCUCUGCCAAUGAAACUGUUGGUACUACGGUUACAUCAUCCACCAUACCAUUUGGUAUCACAAAUACUGGACUCGGCUUUGGAACCUCUAGCACUACGACCUCUACAUUUGGUGAGGUGAAAAAUUCACCUUUUGCUACCACCAAUACUACAGCCACGACUACAACUACCAAUCCAUUCGCACUAAGGACACAGCAGAUCACUUCACCGUUCGGUAAUUUUACACAAAGUCAAUUGGCUAAUACUACCACCGUGUCCACCAGCGGACCAUUUGGUAAAUCUCCAUUUAGCGUCACUAUGACCGUCGCUGUCGUCGAUGACAGCGUUUACUCGGCAGUAGAUCAAUUGACUGACGACGAGAAGAGCAUGUAUAUGGCAGAGAAGUUUGCCUUCGGUAAAAUUCCGUUGAAACCACCUCCCAAAGACAUGAGAUAACAGAAUGCGUGAAUGCUUCGAUGGAAUGUUUACGCGCUGUGAUAUUGAUUUCCUAUACAACUGCGAUUAAGAUAUAUCUCGCAGGAUUAUAGUGAUAAAAAUAAUAUAUUUGGUGUUAGUAUGUCUCGUUUUGAUAGAACCCAAUGACAUGUUCCGUUUAUGAUCGUUUUAAAUUGUAACGAAAUAAAUUAGAUAGUAAAAUUAAUUAGAUUCCUAUAGUGAAUUCCAACUGACUCAUAAUGUGAGACACAAUUAAAUAAAUAGUGAAUAUCUAUGUAUAUAUAAAUCAAUCUGUUUUAAUUUAAUCA